CAAUGGCGGUUUCUUAGGGUUUGAGCUUCUAUUUGAUCGGAGAAAAAAAGUCUCUCGUCUAGAUCGCGAAUCUUCCGAUGGAAAUGCCCGGCGCUAGAAGAUCCAAUUACACUCUGCUUAGUCAAUUCCCCGACGACCAGGUCUCCGUCUCCGUCACCGGAGCUCCUCCGCCUCAUUAUGACUCCUCCUUGUCCAGCGCCAGCAACAACAACAGCGGGAACAACGGAAAAUCCAAAUCCGGAUUCGAUUGGGAUCAUGGUGAUCACAGGCAACCGAAUCGGGUUGGGAAUAUGUAUUCGUCGUCGCUCGGUUUGCAGAGGCAAUCGAGCGGGAGCAGCUUCGGCGAGAGCUCGUUGUCAGGGGAUUACUAUGUGCCUACGCUCUCCGCGGCGGGUAACGAGAUCGAAAUGGUUGGGUUUCCUCAAGACGUCGGGUUAGGUGAUUCGAGGAUGCAGAUGGGGAUGGAUUCCGCUGGGGGUUCGUCGUCUGGGAAGAGCUGGGCGCAGCAGACGGAGGAGAGUUAUCAGCUGCAGCUUGCGUUGGCGUUGAGGCUUUCCUCGGAGGCUACUUGCGCUGAUGAUCCGAACUUUCUGGAUCCUGUACCGGACGAGUCUGCUUUGCGGACUUCACCAAGUUCUGCUGAAACCGUUUCUCAUCGCUUCUGGGUAAAUGGAUGCUUAUCGUACUAUGAUAAAGUUCCUGACGGAUUUUAUAUGAUUGAUGGUCUGGAUCCAUAUAUUUGGACCUUAUGCAUUGAUCUAAAUGAAAGUGGCCGCAUCCCUUCAAUUGAAUCGUUGAGAGCUAUUGAUUCUGGUGUUGACUCUUCGCUGGAAGCCAUCUUAGUCGAUCGGCGUGUUGAUCCAGCCUUCAAGGAACUUCACAAUAGAGUCCACGACAUCUCUUGUAGCUGCAUAACCACAAAAGAGGUUGUGGACCAGCUGGCAAAACUAAUCUGCAAUCGUAUGGGAGGUUCAGUUAUCAUGGGGGAAGAUGAGUUGGUUCCCAUGUGGAAGGAGUGCAUUAACGGUCUAAAAGAGUGCUUUAAAGUUGUGGUUCCCAUAGGUAGCCUCUCUGUAGGACUCUGCAGACACCGAGCUUUACUCUUCAAAGUACUGGCUGACAUAAUAGAUUUACCCUGUCGAAUCGCAAAGGGGUGCAAAUAUUGUAAUAGAGACGAUGCUGCGUCGUGCCUUGUCAGGUUUGGGCUUGAUAGGGAGUAUCUUGUUGAUUUAGUUGGAAAACCAGGCCACUUGUGGGAGCCUGAUUCCUUGCUAAAUGGUCCCUCGACUAUCUCAAUUUCAUCACCUUUGCGGUUUCCCCGACCCAGGCCAGUUGAACCUGCGGUCGAUUUUAGGGAACUAGCCAAGCAGUACUUCACCGACAGUGAAUCUCUUAAUCUUGUUUUCGAUCCUGCAUCAGAUGAUAUAGGAUUCUCAAUGUUUCAUAGGGGUGGAGAAAAUGAUGGUUCGGCAGAAAAUGGGGGUGGAUCUGUGCCUCCCGGUGCUAAUAUGCCUCCACAGAACAUAAUGCGUGCCUCAAAUCAAGUCCAAGAUGCAGUACCUAUAAAUGCCCCACCAAUCAAUCAGCCGGUUGUGAACAGAGCAAACAGGGAUCUUGGACUCGAUGGUGAUGAUAUGGACAUCCCAUGGUGUGAUCUUAAUAUAAAAGAGAAGAUUGGAGCAGGUUCCUUUGGCACUGUUCAUCGUGCUGAGUGGCAUGGCUCGGAUGUUGCUGUGAAAAUUCUCAUGGAGCAAGACUUCCAUGCUGAGCGUGUCAAUGAGUUCUUGAGAGAGGUUGCAAUAAUGAAACGCCUUCGCCACCCGAAUAUUGUUCUCUUCAUGGGAGCUGUCACUCAACCUCCAAAUUUGUCAAUAGUGACAGAAUAUUUGUCAAGAGGUAGUUUAUUCAGACUUUUGCAUAAAAGUGGAGCAAGAGAGCAACUGGAUGAGAGACGCCGCUUGAGUAUGGCAUAUGAUGUGGCUAAAGGAAUGAAUUAUCUCCAUAAUCGCAAUCCUCCGAUUGUACAUAGAGAUCUAAAAUCUCCAAACUUGCUGGUCGACAAAAAAUACACCGUCAAGGUUUGUGAUUUUGGUCUCUCGCGGUUAAAGGCCAGCACGUUCCUUUCAUCAAAGUCGGCAGCUGGAACUCCCGAGUGGAUGGCACCAGAGGUCCUGCGGGAUGAGCAAUCUAAUGAGAAGUCAGACGUGUACAGCUUUGGGGUCAUCUUGUGGGAGCUUGCUACAUUGCAGCAACCAUGGGGUAAUUUGAAUCCUGCUCAGGUUGUAGCUGCGGUUGGUUUCAAGAAUAAACGGCUUGAGAUCCCUCGGAACCUGAACCCUCAAGUUGCAGCAAUAAUCGAGGGUUGUUGGACAAAUGAGCCGUGGAAGCGUCCAUCAUUUGCAACAAUUAUGGACUUGCUAAGACCAUUGAUCAAAUCAGCGGUUCCUCCACCCAACCGCUUGGAUCUGUGAAACACCGGCCCACUUGGAAACACGAUAUUAAUAAUUGAUGAUGUGCACAUAUACUCUCAGCAUUAUUUUGCUGCCCAGGAGGGAGACACUAGUUAAGAUAGCUGUAAGGGAAGGAAAAAAAGUAAAUCAAGUAGUAAGUGGAAACAGUAAGGGAUAUUCUAUUAUCUACCUCCUAGGGGUGUGAGCAAUAUAUUGUUGUAAGCCUUUUGUAGUAGUGACACUUUAAGCUAUCUUUUUUUGUCUAAUCCUUCAUGUGAUAUGUUUCUUUUAAGUUACCUUGUUGUACAUUUAAGCUACUAAAUUAGUAGCUCCUAGUAACUAAGAGAGUCCAAAC